CCUCCUCAGUUACCUCUGCCUGCAGCCUCCUCAAUUACCCCUGCCUGCAGCCUCCUCAGUUACCCCUGUCUACAGCCUCCUCAGUUACCCCUGCUGCAGCCUCCUCAGUUACCCUGCUGCAGCCUCCUCAGUUACCCCUGUCUACAGCCUCCUCAGUUACCUGCAGCCUCCUCAGUUACCUGCAGCCUCCUCAGUUACCCCUGUCUGCAGCCUCCUCAGUUACCCCUGUCUGCAGCCUCCUCAGUUACCCCUGUCUGCAGCCUCCUCAGUUACCCCUGUCUGCAGCCUCCUCAGUUACCCCUGCUGCAGCCUCCUCAGUUACCCCUGUCUACAGCCUCCUCAGUUACCUGCAGCCUCCUCAGUUACCCCUGUCUACAGCCUCCUCAGUUACCUGCAGCCUCCUCAGUUACCCCUGUCUGCAGCCUCCUCAGUUACCUGCAGCCUCCUCAGUUACCCCUGUCUGCAGCCUCCUCAGUUACCCCUGUCUGCAGCCUCCUCAGUUACCUGCAGCCUUCUCAGUUACCUGCAGCCUCCUCAGUUACCCCUGUCUGCAGCCUCCUCAGUUACCUGCAGCCUUCUCAGUUACCUGCAGCCUCCUCAGUUACCCCUGUCUGCAGCCUCCUCAGUUACCUGCAGCCUUCUCAGUUACCUGCAGCCUCCUCAGUUACCCCUGUCUGCAGCCUCCUCAGUUACCUGCAGCCCCCUCAGUCACCCCUGCUGCAGCCCCCUCAGUCACCCCUGCUGCAGCCCCUCAGUCACCCCUGCUGCAGCCCCCUCAGUCACCCCUGCUGCAGCCUCCUCAGUCACCCCUGCUGCAGCCCCCUCAGUCACCCCUGCUGCAGCCCCCUCAGUCACCCCUGCUGCAGCCCCCUCAGUCACCCCUGCUGCAGCCCCCUCAGUCACCCCUGCUGCAGCCCCCUCAGUCACCCCUGCUGCAGCCUCCUCAGUCACCCCUGCUGCAGCCUCUGA